AUGGCGCCUCAGGCCGCUGCCCGCAGCAACGACCUAAUCCUCCAAAAAUCACGCGUCUCCGGCGCAACCAAACGGGCCCUCUUCCGCUCAAAAAAGUACCCAGGACUAUGGUACGCCGAAACCCAAAUCCCAGAUGACAACAGCAAGCCCGACCCCAACCCAUAUACCUGGGACGUCCCCCCACGCAAAAUCAACCUCUCAAACGCGCGACCCACCUACAAAAAAGGCGCCAUGACCUCCGCCAAGUACGCAACAAAAGGCCAUCUCUACGCCAAACAAAUGGACUACCUGCGCUACCACCGAGAACUCUUCGGACAACCCUACUGGAUCAAAGACAUCAUGAUCCGGGAAAUAGCAAACUGUGAAGUGCUACGCAAGAACCCGCAUCCGAAUAUCUGCCGGUACGUAGGCGUGAACUACGGCAUGGAUCAAGGUAUCACAGCGCUGCUAUUCCGGCGCUACGAUACCACGUUGUGGGAUCUAAUCGUCGAGUCCAGGGUCUUCGAUGCAGAGAAGUGUGUACAGGGUAUACGAAAAGGGAUCCAGCAUAUCCAUUCACUGGGGUACGUGCACUGCGACAUCAAGCCGCCGAAUAUCUUCGUUGACACGCGGACGCAGAGUUUUGUAGUCGGGGAUUUCGAUUCUAUGCAGAAGCAGGGGAUGGGGCUGAAGUAUAAAUGCGGUACGGAUGGGUGGGCGCUGGAUAAAGCGGGGAAGAGUGGGUAUAUGGUGAAUGUAGAGCAGGAUUGGUUUGGGUUUGACAUGGUGAGUGCGUGGGUGAGGGAGAAGGGGAACGGGAAGCCAGUACAAGGGGGGGAGUAUGCCAAGACGGAUGAUAUUCUGGCGAGGGCGAAGAGGGCGUAUGAAGUCAAGCGGCAGGCGGAGAAACUGAGGAAGCAGACGGAGGAUUUGAAGAAGAAGGCGGAGAAGGUGAGGAGGCAGGAGGAGGUAAAGAGGUCGGUCAAGGAGAAGGCGGAUGCUGUGCGUAAAGUGCAGGCUGCGAGGAAGAUUCUGGUGACGGAGAAGGCGAAGAUUAUACCGAAGGCGGAUGCGUUGGAGAAGAUUGAAGCGGCGAAGAAAGCGGUCGGAGUGAAACCUACAUAUGCCAAUGUAGUAGCGAAACGCGAUCCCUCGCCAACAAAGAAGCCGCAAGUGCCGAAGAAACUCAGGGUACAGCCGCCGUCGUAA